AUGCAAUCAACCAUAUCCACCAUUAAAGUCGAUCCUGAACGGCGUCUAUCGCAAUACUCCCUGCCGGACUCCUCUGCCCAGAACCUGUCCCAACCACACGCACAACAUCCAGCCAAGCUCCGUCGUCGAGCCUCUCAAGGAUCUCUGCGGACCAAACCCUCGCCCGUUUCUCGUUUCUUGUCCAAGGGCAGUGUGGCCGUCCACUUCCCGUCGUGGGAGCAUCGCAGCUCCUCCCCCGGCACGCCCUUCCGGGUAGAGUCUCGAAAUCGGUCCGCAGACUCUCGUCUGCGUUUGUCCACCACCGUGUCUCGCGGGCCGAGACCGUUGACGGCUUCCUCCACUUCUUCCAGUUCUUCCAACUCCUCCUGGACAUCGGCUGCAUUCCAGGAAUACCCCACCACUCUUCCUCCCACGCCUCCGGAUGACGAUAGUCCUGUUGCGUGGAACCCGCGAUCAGAGAUGCUUGUAUUUGACACCCACAAGCAUCCAGGCCCGCCUAUGAUGCACGACGGCCCCGGAAUGGAUACCCCGGCGGCGACCGGCCCUUCAGAUACUCUCAGCAGUCCAUCCGAUGGCCUGUCUCAUGGAUCCUCGAGUUCUGGAGGGAGCCCAGGUCCACACGAUGAAAUGGAUUGCCAGCAAGAUGGGGGAUCGUACUUGGAUCAUGGAAUCAACGUCACUGUCUCAUCGUUACGGUAUUCCAACCCGCGGGGCGAGGCAGUGAAGAUCGUUUCCCAAACUCUACCAUAUCCACGAACAUCGGACCAGUCGAUAUCGUUGCCACGGAAUGAUAGUGUUUUCCGCUCAAUAGUCCAGGCUGUACACAACCAUCUUCAGCCUGGUCAAUCUCCCUAUAUCAACGUUACCCACGCCGUCCCCGAACAGUUUAGUCUGUCAAACCUACCUCACUCCCCACCAAGCACACCGCGUUCUCCAACAUCCGCAGAUGAGUACUUCAACGCCACCAUUUUCUCGAGCGCCGCGGUUGUAGGAGCGUAUCAUGAUUUCCGCGGUCCACUCCAACGCCAGGUCGCCCACACCCCGAUGCCUAUCGUCCCUCCCCACAGCGUUCACAUUUCGGUCCUUGAGCGGUAUCUCCCUCCUGCCUCUGCUCAGGAAUAUCGAGAUGUCUUCUGUCCCACACGCCCAUCUUUCCUCGUCGAUCGCAUGUGUGAAUUGUCGCCAAGCGGUGGCACUCUGCUUUUCAUAUACCCAACCAAGAAAGGUGCUUCGACAUUCAAGUCUCAGUACUUGGGCCCUAUCUUAGAUCCACUGCUGCGACAAUUAGUUGUGGUCAAUGGGCUAUCGGCCGAUGUGGGUCGGUACCUGGGCAAAUUGACUACUGUGUCCCAGAUGGAUGACUUCGCCACCAUGAAGGCGAACAUUGUCACCCUUUGCGAGGCUCUGAGCUCGCCCUCAUCACGGUUCCAUGUUGCUGAUUCCGGUCGAUCCAACGCCCAGCUCGAUCGGAGCCUCUGGGCCGAGUGGUUCAUUCACCAGGAAAAGGCCCGGAUGAAGGAAGCCCUCAGAGAGUACUGGCAGAACAACCGACGGCCACCGGUGAAGAACUCGGGUGGCUUGAUGUCGGACAACAAGGAAGUGACCUCGGCCAUGCUCCUCAGCGAGAUCUUCGAUGGCAUCCGCAAACGCCGCUAUGGCGAAGACAGCGAACCCCUCGAAGGCGUCGAGCUGGGCGUGUUCAUCAUCCAGCGAACAAACUGA